GGAGAAAGUCCGGACGCUCCGCACAUCAUCCUAGAGCGCAGACCACCGAGGUUUCACCGCUCCUGCUGCUCCUGCUGCUCCUGCGCUGCGUCUGCGUCCCACCUGAAGCCAUAUGAUCCAGACAUCCGAGACGCAAUCAAAGGAAAACGACAAACCAACUUAAAGUGGUGUCGUGUUGAACAGAAAAUGGCAAUCUACUGGAGUCUGCUGCUGGUGUCUCUGUUUGCCAUCCAGGCUCUGUCACAAGGUACUGAUACUGCUGCUAACCAUGGCAGGAGGAGAAAGGCACAAACCUCAGCAGGAAGCAGUAAUGCUUUACGCUAUCCUGUUCAGGUUUUGCAGAGCCAAAGCUUUAGCAGGGAUCGCAGGGGGCACGGUAGCCUGAGGACCCGUUCUGCUAAAAGUGGAGCUGGACUCCUCUCUCACAGGGCCCUACAUCCUCUGCCCAGGCCCAGUGAUGAGGAGGCAGGCCUGGAGGGUCUGAACCCAGUGAGAGUUGAAAUGGGCCCAAGCAGGGAGAGAGCUCGACUGGGUUUAAAGAGUUCAUCCCAGAAUCAGGAGAACCAGCUUGUAGGAACACGCAAGGGAAGAGGAUAUGGAAAUGGGAACAGACAGCCUUUUGAAAAUAAGAGGCAAGGGAGUCGACGGGAGAAAGUCCGCCUCAAAAAAGGGUUUCCCUCAGGGCCUGACAGUAGCUCCGCAUUCAAGGAUGGAGACCAAUAUGAGGAACCUCCCCCUGCCUCAGCCUCACCAUCAGCCUCCCUCUGGCUUGACGUGACCCCGCCCAGUGAACCCUCCUCCCCCCUUGUCAGCUUGUUUGACUCUGACUCUUUCAUGGUUGCCAAGGUGACGAAUGAGCAUCCCCCAACGCUUCCCCCAGCCUCCACCAAACCCCAGUUUGAUUUUCAGAAGCCUGCACAUGGACAAGGAGAGGUGAUGCCAACGUUAGACAUGGCGCUCUUUGACUGGACAGAUUAUGAAGACAUGAAGCCUGUGAAUGCAUGGCCAACUUCAAGAAAGAAAGACAAGAGGCGGAGCAAAAACCUGAGCAGUGGAAAUUUGACUGGAGACGCCGAUGCAGUUGAGCCAUGUGACCACCAUCUGGACUGUCUGCCAGGUUCUUGCUGUGACCUAAGACUACAUGAGUGCAAACCUCACAAUCGAGGCCUAAACAACAAAUGCUAUGAUGACUGUAUGUGUGAGGAAGGAUUUCGUUGCUAUGCUAAAUUUCAUCGUAAGCGACGUGUGACCAGGAGGAGGGGCCGCUGUGUUGUGCCUGAGUCAGUCAGCAGUGACCAAGGAGGCUUCAUCACCAUAUGACGAUGGAAGAGGGUGAAGAUGGGGGAUGGGCAUGAAGAAUGAAUAUGUGACUACUAUGACAAAUAGAACAGGGCAGUCAUGACACUUCUAAAGAAAUAAGUGCUUAAAGGUGAUCUGUUUCCGAAUUUAGUUUGUUUAAUCGAAUCAGCCUGAAAAUGUUAGCCGAUUGGACACAGACAUCUGGUAAUUUAUGCAAAGGUAGCAGGAAAAAGGAAAAAUCAUUUGUUAAUGUUUCAUAAAGGGAUGAUCUGUGCACCUCGUCCCAGCUGGUCAGCAUCUUUAAGCACUGUUGUACUAAAAAAAGUGAUUAAAUAAUGUGUUACUUUUUACAACACCCUUUACAAAAUGUACCCAGUGCACUGGUUCUUUGAAAAUGAGUUGCAGUUUUUAUGUUGUUUGUUUUAAAAGGUGCACUCCGAUCUGACUUGUUCCCAAGCUAAAUUAGUCAUUGUCAUAUGGUGGGUUUUUUUGCAUUUGGUGUUGUCUUUGUUGUGCAAAAUUCAAGUUUGUUGUUUGAUUUAAAUUCCUUCACAAUCAUUUUUUUUAUUUGAUAGUUUUUAUGUGACUUACCUCUUUGAAUACCUUCAUUUAAUUUCUUAUGAUUUUCACAGAAAUAAUUCAAGUAAAACUGGAAUGUUUUUAAAGCUUAAACUCUUGGCAUCAUGUUGAGCAAAACAUGAAGUUGUUUGAGGUUUACAAAAAUAAGUAAAAAUGAUAUUUCAUUUUAUUUGAUAUAUUAAUAUAAGGCAGAUCUGAAUGGCCAGGAUGACUUUAAAACAAUGACAUAGCUCAAAAGUUCCUAACGGUAGUAUAGAAAUCAAUGAUUCCUAUUUACUUUAUAACCUCAUAUCAUUUGUAUUUAUUGUAUGUUUUGAUAUAUUUGUUUAUAAUUUGUGU